AUGAUCAAGCCCAUUAGCAAAGGAAAACAGUGUAGAAACUAGAAAGAGCGCGCAAAACCCUAGUCUCUGCCAUCGCACAUAGAUCCUUCUCUGCUUCACAAGCACCGAGAUUGAGAGAGGAGAUAUGGGAAGUGACAGCGAAACAGAGAGGUCGCGGAAGCAGGAGAAGGACAAGAAGAAGACGUUGGCUCUGUCUCCUAUCGCCAAGCCACUUGCUGGUAAAAAGCUCUGCAAAAGAACCCUCAAGUUAGUUCGCGGAGCUGCUGAACACAAAUGCUUGAAGAGAGGAGUGAAGGAGGUGGUUAAAAGUAUUAGGCGUGGUCAUAAAGGGUUAUGUGUCAUAGCUGGGAACAUUUCUCCCAUAGAUGUAAUUACUCAUGUCCCAAUCUUGUGUGAGGAGGCUGACAUUCCCUAUAUAUAUGUUCCCUCAAAAGAAGAUCUUGCAAAUGCAGGAGUUACCAAGAGACCUACAUGUUGUGUUCUGGUGUUAACCAAGCCUCCAAAGGGCGAACUAGAACAGGAGGAACAGGAGAAAUUAAAGGCAGAUUUUUCUCAGGUUGCUACUGAUGUGUCUGAACUUACCUCUUCUCUUUUCUAGUGGACAAAAUGAUAGUAAUUGUAAUAUGCAGUUGUUAAUGUGAUUUUGUUGCGGUUGGAUAAUGUACCAAUGCCUUUUUUUUUUUU